CUGCGCGCUUUUUUGGCACUCCAUAGAACUGCUUGAGUUGUUGAACUUCAUGGAAUGGACUGUCGGGCCCUGCAAGAGGCCUUCAGGUUGCAACUGCAGCAGCCGCCCUUGCGGCUGGAUGCGCUAGAAACCUUUGACGUCUUUUGUCCGCUAGUGGAGGCCCAUCCCGAUGUCAAGCCCGCGAUCACGGCGCGAGGAGACCUUUGCAUGGUGGCACUCCGCCCACUGCCUGCUGGCACAUUGCUGCUUCGGGAGGAACCCUUGGCAGUGUCACGGUGUGACCCUGAGGACUCCUCCUACAACAUGCUGCUGCUCCUAUCAACCACAGCCAAGAACUUUGAUCACCUGAAGAAGGCCACCUUUGGGCUAAUGCCACGACAUGGGUUGCCAAAGGAGGGUGACGUGCAUGCACUCUUCUUGCAGAUCAUUGCUGGGAUGAAGGAGCUUGUUUCCCUGGUCUUUGAAGCUAAGUCCACCGGCCGCUCAGCGGCUGCGCUGUGUGCCGCCUUCGAGGGCUUGAGCCAGGAUGAUGCAAUCGACAUCGCCACGAGCAUCACCUCUUUCUGCUUGCAACACAAGCACCAGGAGGAGGCUGCAGAUGAGCUGAUGCGCCUCACCGUGGCCUUUCUUCUCAACUCAUUUGCUGCGAGUUCGAAUGAAGUGAGGCUGUGCCGCUUCUGCGCUCUUUUCAAUCAUUCUUGUGAUCCUUCAGCAACGCCUGAGACAGAGGGCGAUUAUGUCAGCAUGCGACUGUUGAGACCUGUGGCUGCGGGUGAGGAAAUCACUUUUUGCUACGUGCCCCUGAAGCAGGACUUAAGAGGUUGGCGAUGCAGCUUGAGGAGUUUCUCUCGAAGACCUUCGGCUUCCACUGUGGUUGUUCAGGCUGCCUCAGAGAGGAGGAAAGAGUGGCACCAGGCUGGAAGCGCUGACAGCGGCUGCGGCUGGUUAUGAUGGGUGAUAGACGAGGAUUAUAUAAAUGUGGAAGUGCAAGCGCAAGAGUGCGACUAGAAGGAAGUAGGACUAGAAUUGAACAAGUUGGAUGACUUAAGGCGCCAGAACAACGGCCCGAACAGGUUCGUUUUGCUGAGGCCUUUGGCAGCCGAGGGUCAUGAUGCGCUGGGAGCUUUUGAGGACCGCAGCUCUUCCAUGCAUGGCUUGAUUGGACUCCUGACCAAUUUUUGGAAAAGAACAGCAUUGUUCCUUCCAGGGCCCCAGUGCUUGUGGUAACCAAGACGUGUUUUGAGGUUUGCUGUUUGCGCAGCCUUGAACAUGUUUUCACAUCACUUUCCAAGAAUCAGUUCGUGACCUCAAGAAGCGCCACCAGAAGGCAUGUUCCAGCUUGAAUUGAAGAAGUGGAGACGAACUGGGAUUAGAGUUGGCAGUUUGGUUCGCUGAAGUAUUAGGUUGGAGGCCAUUGCUAUUAGGUUGGAGGCCAUCGCUAUUAGGUUGGAGGCCAUCGCUAUUUGGUUGGAGGCCAACGCUAUUAGGUUGGAGGCCAUCGCUAUUAGGUUGGAGGCCAUCGCUAUUAGGUUGGAGGCCAUCGCUAUUAGGUUGGAGGCCAUCGCUAUUAGGUUGGAGGCCAUCGCUAUUUGGUUGGAGGCCAUCGCUAUUAGGUUGGAGGCCAGCGCUACUUGGUUGGAGGCCAUCGCUAUUUGGUUGGAGGCCAACGCUAUUAGAAGGAACAAUAAGGAAGAUGAGCAGGGUCUAUUGGCCAUUGAGGUUUGGCCAGUGAGCUCGGACGAUCUGCAGUGCGACUUGGGCAGCGGAUCGGUGCGACUGCGCAUCCGCGAGCAUGAGGUGCAAGUGGCCCUUCCGUGCUGCUGUGUUGAAGCCGAAGCAGCCAAGUUGGCCAGGCGGCGCCUUGUGCUAAUCCUCAAGGAGCCUGAGGACUGCAGAAACGCAGUUGCUUCGAGCCAAAA